AUGCCGACAACGAGACACACAACGAGACACAACAUCGGGACACACAACGACACGCACAAUGAUGCCGACAACGAGACACACAACACUACGCACAAUGAUGCCGACAACGAGACACACAACACUUUGCACAAUGAUGCCGACAACGAGACACACAACGAGGCACAAUAUCGGGACACCAACACUUUGCACAAUGAUGCCGACAACGAGACACACAACGAGGCACAACAUCGGGACACCAACACUACGCACAAUGAUGCCGACAACGAGACACACAACGAGGCACAACAUCGGGACACCAACACUACGCACAAUGAUGCCGACAACGAGACACACAACGAGGCACAACAUCGGGACACACAACAAUACGCACAAUGA